AUGUUUUGUAUGAGAUUACUAUUGAAUUUUAUUGUGUUACAUUUUAUUUUUGCUACACCUCAAAUCAAUCUGCAUUAUACAGAAUGGAUAAGUGAGAGUGAAAAUAAUACUGUAUUCCAACUUAAUUGUUUACGUGUUCCUGCUUCUAUUGAUAAAGCAAAUGUUAGUCGUGAAAUUAUAUCUUAUUGUAUGAAUGAUUUAUCAUCGAAAUUCCAUAUCGAAAAUAAUAAUAUCUUUCCAAAGUUUACUUUUGUUGAACUUUUGAAACAUAAUAUUACAAGUCAACAAUUAUACAUUUGGUUAGCACCAAUAAAUAUUGUUGAACGUUAUCAGUUUUAUUUAAAUCAAUUAUCAACAUACAAUGAUAAAUCUUUGGAAACACAAAUUUUCUAUAAUUGUACAUUACCAAGAUUUGGUUCUACGUGUCAAUAUGAAAUUAUUUAUUAUAAUCAAAAUCAUUUAUCUUUAUAUGAAAUUAUUCAUGAUUAUUAUCAUACAUAUAAAUAUAAUCCAACUAAUUUUACUUGUUAUUCUCAUUUACAAUGUAAUCGUGGUCCUUUUCCUGCAUGUUUAGAUUGGAGUGAAAUUUGUAAUGGACAGUUAGAUUGUCUUGAUAGUGAAUUUGAUGAAGAACAUUGUUGGCAACUUGAAAUCAAUCAAUGUAAUGAUAAUGAAUAUCAAUGUACUAAUGGACAAUGUAUACCACAAUCAUUUUUUCGAGAUGAUUCUAACACUCCUGAUUGUGUUGACGGAUCUGACGAACCUUUCGUACUUACUUCCCAACUUAGCAAGUGUAGUACAGAUGAACCGUCAUUUGAGUGUGAAGAAAGAACAUGUCAAGCAACUUUCUUGACAACUUCUUGUUGGCGACAACGCGGAGAUCUACUAUUGCAAGCAAUCUAUUCAACCAAAGAUAAUUCAACAUCUGAACAAUGUUGUCAACAUGUCUAA